AUGAAGGUCAGUGAAAAAGAACUGAGGAUACCCUUUGAUAUAAUGGGGAAGCACAACUAUGGGGCAAAUGAAGCUGUGGAAGAGGUCAGCUUGUGGAAAAAGCUGGUCACGGGCACCUCACGUCCCUCAGGGUCACGGGCACCUCACGUCCCUCGGGCGCUGACCGGGCAGAGUUCCCCGGGGUGUCUCGGCUGCCUGACCACGGGGAAUCAGCAGCCUUGGCCGAGCGCCAAGGGAGGCGGCCCAGAGACUGCCGGGUCGGAACCGGGGAGCAGCCCGGACCCGCCGCCCUGCAUCUUCGCCUACCUUAACCCCGGCAGGAGGGGUGGGGUAAGGGCGUCCCGUUUGCCCGGUACCGGUGUCCGUCUCCCUCUCAGCCGGGGCUCGGGGAGGAGCAAAGGCGCAGCCCUCGGGGCAGAAGGGCGCCUGGGAGCCCGAGGGGACGGAGGGACGGAGUCGGAGCGGCUGCUGGCAGGGUCCCAAAAAAUAGAGCCAGCAAUAAAGCCCGUGUUCUUUCUUCUCCAGGAGCCUGGGAAAACUGAUAUGGCAGAACAUACAGGGGACAGCAUUUUGAGUGACUACGUGGAAGAGGGAGGCAUCCCUGAAGAUCCUAAGCAAGAUGUACUGCCUGAGCUACCUGAAGCCCACAGCCCAGACUGGAAGGCAGCCUGUAAUGAUAGCCCUUGCCAAGAAAGAGACUCCGAGGACCUCACACCCAUCACUGAAGGCCAGGAGCCACACACAGAAGAGGAACCCUACAAAUGUGCAGAAUGUGGGAAGGGCUUCAAGGGAAACUCCAGGCUCCUGAACCACCUGCAAACCCACACUAGAGAAAAAAAUUUUGACUGUGAAGAAUGUGGGAAGAGCUUUAGCAGGAAGGCCAACCUGGUAUUGCACCAGAGAGUCCAUACAGGGGAAGGGCCUCACAAGUGCAAAGACUGCAAGAAAACCUUUAGCAGGAAGUCAAACCUGGUCACUCACCGUAAAACCCAUGCAAAAAAGAAGGCCUUUUCCUGCACCACAUGCAGGAAAAGCUUUGGUGGACGUGCAGCUCUCUUCCAGCAUCAGAAAGUCCAUGCAGAUGAGAAGCCCUAUACAUGUACUACAUGUGGAAACAGGUUCCGUCUGUGUACCAACUUCAUCAAACAUCAGCAAAUUCAUUUGAGAGAGGCACCCAGUGAACACACAGCAGGUAACUGA